AUGGAAUGUUCAGGGUCUGAACAUUCCGCUGGGGAGGAAACCGACGGGAGUGGCCUCGCUGUGGGCCAAAAGAGGAUGGGGAGCCUGAUGGGAAGUGCGGGCUCCAUCACCUCGUUGUCGGAGUCGGUGCUGGGCAACAAGCGCCUCUAUUCUGAGGUGGCGACUGGUUCCGGCACCGACACUGAGGUCGGUGUGCCACGGGCACAGUCAGUGGCGAAGAGGGGCAAGGCCCGGGGUGCCUCGCACCUGACGAGGGCCCGGGCUGAGGCGAGGAGGAGUCAAGAGGAGGAUGCCGAGGCUUCCUUCUCGGCCUCUCUAGGGGCUCGGGCCUUCCGGAGGGGAGGACCCCCGAGUGGUGGGGACGAUGAUGUGGUGGUGGCCCCCAUUGAUGCGCGGGACUUUGGGGCCAUGGGUGCUGAUGGACUCAUGGCCACUGCGGUGGAGAGGCUGGGUAUAAUAACCAGCCUCGUCGGAAAGACUGCCGCCCUCAAGGGGGGCUUCAACUCUAAAAUUAUGCGGGCCUCCUCGGAUAUCAGGGAUAUCGUGGACACCCUGGUGGCGCGCAGCGAGUCGGACGAAGUUCGACGCCUUAAGGCCGAUAAUGGUCGCCUCCAAAGGGAGGUGGCCAUUAUGAAGGCUGAGGUCGCUGCGCUCCGCCGGGGGUUCGAGGAGGCUCGCCGUGAGGCUGCUCAGGCUGCGCGGACGGUGCAGCGGCAGGCUGCUCCAGUGGAGGAUGAGCUGGAGCAGAGGAUGGCCAGAUUGAUUGAUGGCCGUCUGGCAGCGCUAGGACUGGCUGGGUGUCCUCGGAGUGCCACUCGUCCACCUCUGGCAGGUGACAACUCCGAGGUGGCGAGGGCUGCAAGGACGGCCAUUGAUCGGGCCUCCGGUCUGGGUCCGGCGCCGCGGCUUGAGCAGCCGGUGGUGGAGUUGGAGGUUCGGGCCCCUGCACGCCCGGCCUCUGAGAGGCGGGGUUGUAAGGGGGUAGGUGCUGGGGGAGUGACAGAGUGGGGGCCCUUCGGGCCGUCGACCUCAACAGCUGUGGUCGACGAAUGCCCGGAGCUCCCCUGGGUCGAAGUCCGGGGGAGGAGGGGGAAGGGGAAGGGCGUGGGAAAGAAGUCCCAGCCCAAACCUGCGGAGCGACCGGCGGCGGCCCCAACAAAGGCCACUGCAACGGCGCCCAAGGCACCCCCCAGGGCGGCGCCAGCGAGGGCGGCCAAGCUGUCGGCCCCUAGCUCCUCGGCUGUAAUUCUCAAGUUACAGCCGGAGGCAGCGCAAAAAGGGGCCACAUACAGCUCCGCCCUCCUUAAGGCCGAGCAGGCGGUGAGCCUGGAGGGGCUAGGAAUCGGCUCGCUUCGGAUUCGCCCGAGUGCGACCGGAGCGAGGCUAAUCGAGGUCUCUGGCCCCUCCAACUCAGACAAGGCAGAUGCGCUUGCAUCGGCCUUGAAGGCGGCCCUUUCCGGCGUCGCGGACGUUUCCAGGCCCGUCAAAACCGCGGACUUCCGCGUGACGGGCCUGAAUGAUGCGGCAACGGCGCAGCGGAUAAAGGCUGCGGUCGCGCAAGCCGGGAGCUGCACGGAGGACCAGGUCUGGGUGGGUGAAAUCCGCUCAGACUGGCGGGGCUCUGGCUCUGCCCUGAUGCGCUGCCCGGUCACGACGGCUAAAAAGCUGAUCGAGGCGGGCAGCCUCACGGUAGGCUGGAGUCGAGUGCAGCUCCGGCACCUGGAGGCGCGCCCCAUGCACUGCUACAAGUGCAUGGGGAAGGGGCACACCGCAUCGCUGUGCCCCUCGCAGACGGACCGCAGCCGGCUCUGCUAUAGGUGCGGGGAGGCAGGGCAUUUGUCCGCCUCCUGCACAGCGGAGCCCCGCUGCGCGGUAUGCCGCGACGCCGGCAAGCCGGCGGGCCACGUGAUGGGGGGUAGGGCCUGCAACCCACCCCCGAUCCGAGGGAAAGGGCCGUCCCCUCCUCCGCGCGAGGGAAGGCAAGGGGAGGCGCCAGUCGGCCAAAUGGAGGAGUGA